AUGGAUGAUCUUAUGCAACCAUUUGAAUUGAAGCACUUCUCUUCCUACAAGGACUACUGGAGACUCAGGAGUUUUGAUGGUGUUAAAAUGGCGGAUGCCGAUGAAGAGAAAGGAUGCUUCAUCAAGAACUUCUUCACCCAUCGCAAGAAGGUGCUCAAUCCCAAAGAAGUCAAAGAUGCAUUCGCUAGCGAAGGCCUCUUUCCAUUGGACCCGUCAGUGAUUCUUGAUAAUCUCAAGAAAUAG